AUGCUCGAGCAAGAUUUCCCAGUCUCUUCUCUCUCAAUCCGCAAAACCCUCAUGCCCGUUCAAGGAUUGUCGGAUGUGCCAGAAAUGGACCAAAGCAAACUGCCAGCUGCUUCGUUCAAACAUUUGUUUGCUACACAGAACGUGAAUGUCCCCCCAGAAGCUCCAGUAAAGACGCAUGCGAUUUGCAAAUCCGACUGUCUGCAGUCUGAGAAAGAAGACGUCGUUGACUGGGAUUCCUGGCUCACCUCCGAAGUUCUCAGCGGGGAAGGCCCGCCACCUUUUGGAUGA